GACAUUACCGCAGUUGCACUGCUCUCUCUCACCUACCAACACAGAGCAGUCAGACCUACACACACCUCUGACUCUUAUUCCUUUUAAAGCUGUGAUCGUUCGGAAGACGUCGCACACCCACAAACACGUAAGCUCGCUCGUCCGGUCGAGGCCCCUGUGGAGUAUCCGUCUGCAUCCUCUCUGGGGUUCAGUCGGGGUUACUGUGCCUCUGCAGGAGCUGUACCCCGCCUCACAUCUCUGAAACUCAUCAUAUGGACAAAGGGCUGAGUGAUGGGUUUGAUGGGAGUUAGGUGGGGAUAGAGGAAAAGAGAGAGAGAGGUCGGAGGGUGGUGAGGUGGAGGGGACUACAGUGGUUGCUGAAGCAAGGCAUCCGUUGUCAACGGCGACGCUGAAGCAGCAUGUCUCAGAUAAAAAGAUACACUUACAGCAGGACCACCAGCAGUGGCAGCAACAGGAUGAGUUCAGACGGAGGUAGGCGGCCUGUGAAGGUGGGCUCUCUAGUUGAGGUGAUCGGCAAAGGCCAUCGAGGUAUCGUGGCAUAUAUUGGAAACACACUGUUCGCCUCUGGAAAAUGGGUGGGAGUCAUUCUAGAAGAACCUAAAGGCAAGAAUGAUGGGACCGUUCAGGGAAAACGAUAUUUCACCUGUCAGGAGAACCACGGAAUAUUUGUACGACAAUCACAGAUCCAGUUAGUAGACGAUGGUGCAGACACAACGUCUCCUGAAACCCCUGAAGCCGCCACCUCCAAAAUGUUAAAGCGAGAGAUCAUUGAAAGUCCAAAGACAAACAAAGUGCGAGGAACCAAACCCAAAAAGACGCCUACCACUCGUAAGACCACGGCCAGAAGGCCAAAGCAAACACGGACAGGAGUGGGGGUGAAGGUGGGCUCAGGCUCCGCCUCUGCUGGAGAGAUGAGCAGCAGCGAGCCCAGCACACCUGCCCAAACCCCACUGGCUGCUCCAGUAAUACCUUCACCUUUGGGAACGCUCCCUUCACCUGGGGCUCCACCCAUUCCAGGUCCCACCAAGGAAGAGGAGAUGCUGCGUGCCCAUGUGAAGGAUCUAGAGGAGAGGCUGGAGACUCUGAAGAUGAAGAGGGCCGAGGACAAAACCAAGCUGAAGGAGCUGGAGAAACACAAGAUUCAGCUUGAGCAGCUGCAGGAGUGGAAGAGUAAGAUGCAGGAACAACAAAAUGACCUGCAGAAACAACUCAAAGAGGCCAAGAAGGAGGCUAAGGAAGCUCUUGAAGCUAAAGAACACUACAUGGAGGAGAUGGCGGAUACAGCCGAUGCCAUUGAGAUGGCCACGCUGGAUAAAGAGAUGGCAGAAGAGCGAGCCGAGUCGCUGCAGCAGGAGGCUGAUGCUCUUAAAGAGAAAGUGGACGAGCUGACCAUGGACCUGGAGAUACUCAAACAUGAAAUAGAGGAAAAAGGCUCAGAUGGAGCAGCGUCUAGUUACCACGUAAAGCAGUUAGAAGAGCAGAAUGCACGUCUGAAGGAGGCUUUAGUGAGGAUGCGCGACUUGUCUGCAUCUGAGAAACAAGAGCAUGCAAAGCUGCAGAAACAGAUGGAGAAGAAGAACUUUGAGCUGGAUGCACUGAGAUCCCAGAAAGAGAAACUCCAGGAGGAAAUGAAGAUGGCUGAGAAAACUAUAGAUGAGCUUAAAGAGCAAGUGGAUGCUGCCCUCGGGGCGGAGGAGAUGGUGGAGAUGCUGACAGAACGUAAUCUGGACCUGGAGGAGAAAGUGCGAGAGCUCAGAGAAACAGUUACAGAUCUAGAAGCCAUCAAUGAGAUGAAUGAUGAGCUGCAGGAGAAUGCCAGAGAGACAGAGCUGGAGCUGAGAGAGCAGUUGGAUCUGUGUGCUGCCGGUAUAAGAGAGGCGGAGAAGCGGGUGGAGGCGGCCCAGGAAACUGUGGCAGACUACCAGCAGACCAUCCAGAAAUACAGAGAGCUCACUGCACAUCUACAGGAGGUGAACAGGGAUCUGAUGAGCCAGCAGGAAGCCAGCACAGAGCAGCAGCAACCUGCUGAGAUCUUCGAUUUCAAGAUCAAAUUUGCAGAAACCAAAGCCUACGCCAAGGCUAUAGAAAUGGAGCUGCGUAAAAUGGAGGUGGCUCAGUCUAACAGACAGGUGUCACUGUUGAUCUCCUUUAUGCCUGAGUCCUUCCUGAAACACGGAGGAGAUAAUGACUGCAUCCUGGCACUGCUGCUGGUCCCUCGGCUCAUCUGCAAGGCGGAGAUGAUCAGUAAGCAGGCGCAGGAGAAGUUUGAUCUGACGGAGACCUGCUCUCAAAAGGCUGGAAUGAGAGGAGCUGUUGGAGAGCAGCUCAGUUUUGCGGCUGGACUCAUCUAUUCUCUCACCCUACUACAGGCAACACUUCAUAAAUAUGAAUAUGCUUUGAGUCAGUGCAGUGUGGAGGUGUACAAGCGUGUGGGCUCUCUAUACUCUGAAAUGAGCGUGCACGAGCGUUCCCUUGACUUCCUUAUAGACCUUCUGUACAAAAACCUGCUGGAUGAAACGGUCAAUGUGGAACCUCUCACCAAAGCUAUUAAAUACUAUCAGCACCUUUACAGUAUUCAUCUGGCGGAACAACCUGAGGACUGUACCAUGCAGCUAGCCGACCACAUCAAAUUUACCCAGAGCGCCCUGGAUUGCAUGGCAGUGGAGGUGGGGCGUCUGAGGGCCUUUUUACAAGCAGGACAGGACGAGGAAAGCUUCUGUGUGCUGCUCAAGGAUCUGGACACUUCCUGUAGUGACAUCCGACAGUUUUGUAAGAAGAUCCGUCGGCGCAUGCCGGGCACGGAUGCACCAGGCAUCCCAGCUGCCCUCAGCUUUGGACCACAGGUGUGUGAGACCCUGGCAGAGAGCAGAAGACAGCUGGCCUGGGUCAAUGCUGUGCUGCAGGAAGUAGCCGCAGCAGCCGCUCAGCUCAUUGCCCCUCUCAGUGAACACGAGGGACUUCCUGCUCUCAAACUGGAAGAUAUGGCCUUCAAAGCAGCUGAACAGAUCUAUGGGUCACAGGGCAUCAAUGCCCAAGAGUGUCUGCGGCAGUCAUGCAGUGUUGUCAUAGCAACGAUGAACAAGAUGGCUACUGCUAUGCAGGAGGGAGAAUAUGACUCAGACAAACCACAGAAUGGGAUAUCUCCUGUGGAAGUCAGAGCAGGCACCCUGAGAGCAGAGAUCACUGAUGCUGAAGGACUCGGCCUCAAACUUGAGGACAAAGAAACUGUCAUCAAAGAGCUCAAGAAAUCCCUCAAAAUAAAGGGAGAGGAGCUGAGCGAGGCUAAUGUGCGUCUCAGUCUGUUAGAGAAGAAGCUGGACAGCUCAUCUAAGGAUGCAGAUGAGCGUGUGGAGAAGAUCCAAACAAUCCUGGAUGAGACACAUUCACUCCUGAAAAAGAAAGAAAAGGAAUUUGAGGAGACCAUGGAUGCUCUUCAAGCUGAUAUAGACCAAUUAGAGGCAGAGAAAGCUGAGCUUAAACAGAGAAUCAACAGCCAAUCAAAGGGCAUGGAGGGAGUGAGAGGAAGUCCAGGAUCUGGCAUCGCCUCCAUUGUGACAUGUGGCAUAACCGCUGAGGAGCAAAAAGGUGUGUGUGCAGCUGCAGGAGUCCCAGUCAUAGAUUCGCCACUGCUGACACAGCAGAUUGAAGCUCAGAGACUCAGUAUAAAGUACCUGAAGAAUGAGAACAACAGACUGAAGGCAGAGAAGAUGCGUGCUCAGUUGGCAUCUCUCCCUCCGCUGAACGUGCCAAAGCUUGGCUGGCGGGAGGGCUGCAGGCCUGAGGUCUUAUCUAGCGCCCUCUACCGCAAAACAGACCAACUGCUGGAGACUCUUCUCCAGAUGAGCGCCAACGCUAAAGUAGUGGACAUCACAGGAAAAUCUCCAGUGAGUCCUAGUGGUCAGCUGUUAGAGCAAACGGCAAGACUGCAGUCACUAAGAGACACCCUUGACAGGCUUAAGGAUGAAGUCGCUGAACACGUAGUGACUCACAGACCUGGUGCACAAGCGUCAUCAGAUUUUGCCACUUUUCCCUGCACUUCAUUUGUGAAGGCAAAGGAGGAAAAGAAAGGAGAUGCUGUGUUAGUGGGGCGUGUGAUGAUGCCCUGCCCCCGAGGACAGGAACAAGUGCAUCGGCUGGUCCUUUCACAGUCUCAGCUCCAGAGAGUCCACCGCAUACUGCAGACCUAAAACCUUCUUGCUGUCAUAUUAGUUCCAUCUAUCCAAAAACCAAACACGCUCACACCAAAUCCAUCUCCAAUAAGACAGUGUCAUAAACAAAUCAUGAGUUAAAGCAAAUGCAUUCAAGCAAUUGGCUGGUGUUUGAGUCGUUGUUCUGGUUGCUUUACAGCCAUUAAAGUGAUAGUUCACCCAAAAUUCUGUCAUCAUUUACUCACCCUCGUGUCGUUUCAAACCUGUAUGACUUUUUUUUUCACAGAACACAAAUGAAGAUAUUUUGAAGAAUGAUGGUCACCGAACAGCACUGGCCCCUAUUCACUUCUAUUGUAUGGACACAAAACCAUUGCAUGUAAAUGGGGGCCAGUUAACAACAUUCUUCAGAAUGUAUUCUUUUGUGUUCUUCAAAUAAAGUCAUACAGGUUUGAAAUGACAAGAUGGUGAGUAAAUGAUGACAGAAUAUUUAUUUUUGGGUGAACUUUCACUUUAAAUAUUACUUGAAUAUUUUGAAGUCAACCAGUUUGCAGAUCCAGACCGCUUGGAGAGCUUUUGGUGUGAUUUUUUUUCUCUCCCUGCGUUGAAUGUCCUCUUCUUGAAUAGAUGUUGUCAACUAUUUAGCUCACAGGAUUAGAAUUCAAACCAUGUGUAUAAUUGGUGGUGCUGGCUAAUGCAUAACAAUGUGAACAUCUUAGCAACCGCUUAACAGCAAAUGCUAGAUUUUCCUCUUGAAAAUAUCUCAGAUCCAAAAAAAUCCUUUAGUAUUCGUAUAUAUAAUCACUGUCCUAUGAUGCUUAAAUGUGCCACGCCAAUCUUUUGAAUCUGGCCAGGAUAGAAAAUAUAAAUGGGGUGAGUUGUUUGAUUUUGUGCCAAGGGGGAGAAAAACAAGUGAAUGCUGCUGUAGGGAGAGAAGGACAUUAGGAGA